UUGAAACGACGAAAAAGCUGUGGAAAAGCUAGAAAUGGUGGUCGUCGUUGGAUUCGAGGGUAGCGCGAACAAACUGGGCGUAGGAGUAAUUCGAAAUAAGGAAGUGUUGUCGAACGUGCGACACACUUAUGUCACUCCACCGGGAGAAGGUUUCUUGCCUCGGGAAACUGCACAGCAUCACAGGGACUAUGUGCUGGAUGUUUUGCAGAAAGCUUUGGAUGAUGCAGAAAUCACCUUGAAGGAUGUAGAUGUGAUCUGCUACACGAAGGGACCAGGAAUGGCAGCACCGCUCACAGUUGCAGCUUUAGUGGCUAGAACUGUCGCCCAAUUGUACAAUAAACCUAUAGUUGCGGUCAAUCAUUGCAUUGGCCACAUUGAGAUGGGACGUUUGAUCACUGGUAGUGAGAAUCCUACUGUUUUAUAUGUUUCCGGUGGAAACACUCAAAUCAUCGUGUAUUUUCAACAGAGGUAUCGCAUUGUUGGUGAAACAAUUGACAUAGCGGUAGGCAAUUGCCUGGAUAGAUUUGCGAGACUACUGAAACUCUCGAAUGAGCCCAGUCCUGGAUACAAUAUAGAACAAUUGGCAAAAAAGGGCAAGAAACUAGCACCGCUUCCAUAUGUGGUGAAAGGGAUGGAUGUAUCGUUUUCUGGUAUUUUAAGUUACAUAGAGGAACAUCUUGCUGUAUGGUUGGAUACAGAAGAAUUUACUCCUGAAGACUUGUGUUUUUCCCUGCAAGAGACAGUGUUCGCUAUGCUUAUUGAGAUCACAGAGCGUGCGAUGGCACAUGUAAAAUCGAGCGAAGUAUUGAUCGUGGGUGGCGUGGGUUGCAAUGAGAGACUGCAGGAAAUGAUGGGCGUCAUGUGUAGAGAAAGGUAUGCGACUCUUUACGCGUCAGAUCAUCGCUUCUGCAUAGACAAUGGCGUUAUGAUCGCGGUCGCCGGCUUACUCCAGUACAGAUACGAUGGUUGUACACCGUGGGACCAAACCACUUGCGUUCAAAGAUACAGAACGGAUGACGUGCGUGUUUCUUGGAGAAAAUAAAGAUAUUUUUAAGCUCCUUAUAUAUCGCUAUCCAAGUCCACGCGUUACCGAUCCUGCGAGUGAUUAUACAAAUGUGCAAAAAUGCGGUAACCGUUAAAGAUCGAUUGUACAAUUAUUCUUGACGACCUCCAUGCCGCCCCUAAAAAUACCCUCGCGAUGCGGUCGUAUAGGCAACAAGCGGCCGUGUUAUAUCCGGAAAUAUGGACCAGCCUACUAUAGUAACCUGAUUUCUACGAUGAGGAGUGGAUAGAUUUCCUGACGAUCCGAUAGCAAGUUACACUGAUUUCACCCUCGGCCCUGUGUGCCGGGCUCCUCCAGGUGGUUCGAUAUUGACCUCGUUCGGAUACGAUAUCGACCCGACUAUCAUCCACACACAGAACGGUUCCUUCGGCGUACAUACGAAUGCUUUAUCGAUUCGGUCCUCGGCGAGGCGAGGACGAGCGCGUUGCCUUCGGCUUCGCGUCGGAAACGCGAAUUCCGACGAUAUCGCGCUACGAGGUCGCGCGUGCCGAAAACAGGGUUUGAGUAGGAGAGAAGCAGGGAUGGAAACGUCGCUCGACCGUUCGAGGAUCGGCGCCCCACGUAGAAUGCUGGCGAAUUUUUCUCGAAAUUGCUAUUAACUAUGGUACAUCACAUUUA